AUAGCCCAGUGAGUGAGACUUAGCGUGGGUGUAGUGUUUGAAGUACUCACAACUCUGUCGGAGUCCAUUGGCAGGUAGUGAGUUCAGCCACUUCCUCUGAUCUGAGUGAGGGGAGCACAAACCAAGGACCCAGACAAAGAGGGGGGCAACAUGGGUCCACUGUGGGCAGGUGUGUUGGUGCUGAUCCUCAACUUUGCACCAUGUUCAGGGCUUGUUUUCAAAGAACCCAUGGUCUGUUAUUUCCUGGAUGGGGUUCUGAUCGUUUACUGUUUGAUUGUCACUGCAUUCUUCUUGAAAGAAAAGUUUUGCAGCCCAUCAACAUCUACGGUAGCAGAAGGCAUCUACCAGGAGCUCAACAGGCCAGAGGAUUCGGACCCUUACCAGGUCCUUGACCACACCAAACAAAAAAAUAAAGGUCCUAAGAAAAAGAAACGUGAGGCUGCAUCGGUCCAGAACAGGGAUGCGGACGCCUAUGAGUCUCUGCCCAUCAGCGCCUCAGCUUCAGCUGCCCCGUGAUGUCCUGUCCACCCAGUUCAACCAGCAGUUCAUGGUUUCACAAAGGCUUGACGAUGAAAUUUCCAGUAUUUAUCUGCUCCAGCUUCUCAAUAAUCAAAGCAAAGCUUUCUGACCUUUAGAGUGAUGGUGGAACUAAGCAAGCAACAUGAAAAAUGUUUUUAUUCCUGCUCAUAAUGGCUGAUAAAGAAAAUAUAAAUGUAAACUGUCACAUAUAAUAACGACAUGUGAAAAUAAUGACAUAUUUAUCAAAUAGUCCAAUUUUUUGAGAUACUCUGAUACAGAGGUGUCAGAAUCCUGUUACUUCAGGGGCCAGAUGUGGUCUCAUGCAUGCAUGGAAAAUAAUAACCAUAGUAAUGUUUGUCUUUGUUUCAGAGUGAAAAAACUAAAAUUAUAUUAUGAAAAUAAUAAACGUACAACCAGAAUUUUUUUUUUUAAAAAGAAGUGCAAUUUCAACAAUAUUACAUCUCAGUUUAUUAUUAAAACAGUGGAUCUACAAAAGCACAAAACAUUUAGUAAUAUUCUUAAUAUUGUUAACAUUGUACUUGUAUUUCUUAAGAGAUCUCACAUUCUUCGUAUUUCUUCAGGUUAUUCAUAUUUUAUUGUGAAAGUAUAGUUUGUAAAUGUAAAUAUUCUCAUAAUCUAAUUUAAUUUUUUUUUUUUUUUUUGCAUUAAACCAAGAAGAAAAUUUGGAGUUGUGAUUAUGUAUAGGUUAUUAUGCUAUUAUUUCAAUUGAGAUCACAUACAUUCUGUAUGAGACCCUGAAACUAAAACAAGUUUGACACCCAUGACUGUUAAUAUCUUCAGUGUCAUUUUUGCACUUUGUAAAUUCAUCUUGGGGACUGGAUUGGACUCUUUGGCGGGCAGGUUUUGGCCCAUACACCAUAUAUUUGACACCCCUGCUGUCAUUUUUUUUGGAUAGGAUUUUUGUCCUUGUUUCAAGAUACUAAAUCAAAAUGUUGGCAUGAUUUUGAGUCACAUUUCACUUUGACUUGAAGGAUCUUUAUUUCUCCACUACAGCGGUGGAAAAGGCCUUCCCUUAUAAAUUGCUAAAUCUGGCAAAACGUAAAUUAAAUGUUUGCGUUAACAAAGAAACUUGCAUUAAUUGCAGUCGAAACAAAAUUUUCUUAGUGAGAAAUACACAAAUUAAAAGCAUCCAAGAAAAUCAAAAGGUUGAAGGACUUAGAAUUUUGUACAGAAAAUCUUAUUAACUCAAAUAACGUCAAACGGUAAAGAAAAUGAUCUUUGAUUUGUAAUAUAAGCUUAUUUUCACCCUGUUCAACUCUUAAUGCAUUUCCUGUUCAUAUAAAUAAAUAAACCAAUGGAGUUCCUACUUCUGGAUUGUUAA